AUGUAUCCAUGUCUGCCGGUGCUGCUUCUGAUACUUUGGGGGCGCGCCUCCGGUCAGGCGACUGGCGAGGAUUGUUUGGCCCAAUUUAAGAAAGGCCGGGAGGGUUUUGUGCUGGACGCCGAUGAGUCCGUGAAAGACGGGGCCACCUUCAUUUCGUCCCCACAGCUGAACGGCCACAGAGAUUGCGUGGCGGCCUGUUGCAAGGAGCCCAAGUGCAAUGUGGCCCUUAUGGAGGGGGGUUCUGAGGAGAACGCAAUCAAAUCCUGCUUCCUUUUUGACUGCCUAUACAAGAAGAAAUACGUCUGUCGCUUCGUCAGGAAGAAAGGCUACUACAAUUAUAUCCUUGACUCUGUCUAUGAGAGCUACCUGGAGAUAGAUGUCCCACCAAAGGAAACUGAUCGUCCCCCGGUGGCCAACGGAGGUCAGGACCGUGUGGUGCAGCCUCAGGACAGAGUGACACUGAACGGCUUGGAAAGCAAAGAUGACCAAGGGAUCGCGUCCUAUAUGUGGAAAAUGCUCACUGAGUAUCCCUAUGCUGUCAUUGAGAAAACAAACUUUCCAGACCAGAUAAUUGUGUCCAAUCUGACGUCGGGAAUGUACAAAUUCCAGUUGACUGUCACAGACACUAUUGGUCAGUCGGAUUCCACCAAGGUCACUGUUCUGGUUCUUACAGCUGAACAAUCGGAACAUCACUGCAUGGCUCCAAAGAAGAUUGGACCAUGUCGUGGUGCUUUCCCUCGGUGGCACUACAAUGCAGCUUCGGAGAAGUGUGAGGAGUUUGUGUUUGGGGGCUGCAGGGAAAACCUGAAUAACUAUCUUUCCAAGGAUGAGUGCACAAACGCAUGCUAUGGGACAGAGAAAAGGGGUAGUAGUAGAGGCUUACCACUUCCAGAUCAAAAAGAAAAAUGUGGUGUUGCAUGCACUGCAGAGCAGUUCACAUGUGCAAACGGCUGCUGUUUGGAACCAGGCUUGGAGUGUGAUUCAACUGCUCAAUGUAGCGAUGGCUCUGAUGAACAAAAAUGCAAUGACUUGGACAACACUUUUCAGAUUUUGCUGCAGAUUCCGGUGGAUGAGCAAAAAGUGCGCUGCACUGAGCCUCCACACACAGGCAGUUGCAGGGACACUCUCACUAAAUGGUACUACAAUCCUCUCCACCAAGACUGCUUUCGCUUUAACUUUGGUGGUUGCCAGGGCAACGAAAACCGAUUUGACCGUAAGGAGGCCUGUAUGAAGUUCUGCAGAGGGGUGACAGAAAAAGAUGUGUUUGCCCGAAAACAGGAGUUUGAGCGCAGAGUGGCUGACAGUCAGACGGGUGUCAUAGCAAUAGCUGCCGUCCUGGCUAUAGCUAUUGUCAUCCUCUUGGGAAUUCUCUUGUAUUGCUUCAUGAAGGGAAAGAAGAAGUCCUCGCAACACCACCGCGUGCCUGUCAACAACGCUCCACUCACCACCAUGGAAGACAGGGAGCAUCUUGUCUACAACAGUACCACAAAGCCCAUCUGA